CCACCUCCCUGCCUUUUAUGAUCCCCUCUAGAAGCCGCACCCAUUUUCUGAGGCCACACCCUUGUCGCUCACACCAGCAAGUCCAGGCACAGGGAUCAAGAGGGUGCUAGCCACUUGCCCAGAGCGGAGGCAGGACUCCAGCAUGUCAGAGAAGCCAGAGGAUCCAAAGGAACCAAAGGACCUAAAGGAUCUCAUGCCCACAGAGAGGAAGACCGUGUGGAGGACAGCAGCGGAGAGGAAGAUGUCUGACCUCGCUCGGGAGCUGGAGUGGCUGGAGCGGAGGAAGGGGAAAAAGAAGCAGCCUGUCCAGAAGCAAAAGGUCGUGGUGAUGGAGCCCCCGAAAGCAAAGAUGAAGGAAGGGAAGAAGGUCAAAGGUAUCAAGAAGCAGCAGGAAAGGAGCACCAAAAUGAAGCUCCAGGAGCAGACCGCAGGGCCAGGCUCCAGGGGGCGUACAGGCUCCACCACGUUGUACCAAAGGCCUUUUGGAGGGGAGCAAAGGCGCCUGAGCAUUUUCACAGGCACCCAUGACAAGGAUGGUGCCAGAAGAUCAGAUUUUUUUCCUGGCUACAUUUCACAGCAGGAAAUUCUCAACUUCAAGAAUUGGAUUAGAGUGAGACAAGCCAGGCACCUAAGGCACAAAAUUAAAGGAGGCACACAAACUCGGGUACUAGCACUGUACUUGCAUGAGCCUGAGGAGUUGGACAUCAAGGAUGCCGUGACUCUAGAGUCCACUCCACGAUCAAACACAUUCCGGCGCCAAAGCCUGUACGCAGAUCCCUCCAUACAGGAUAAUGCCUUUGGCAACCGAAGAAUGACCAUGAUGAAAGACUGGCCAGCCAGGACCUCGGACAUUGCUUUCGAACGCAAGCUGAAGAGCCUCAUGGAGAAAGGCACUGAACCUAAGAUAGAAAAUGUGAAAAUGCUGAAGCCAGAGGAAGUGCUGAGCUGCCGAUACCUGAGGUUGUCCGAGAACAACAUCCGGACCUUGCUCAAGCUGUGCAAGGAUGUGGGUCUGAACAUGGACAUCCACCCUCACAUGACUGAAACGGAGAUAGAUGUUCAAAAGGUGUUUCCCCCGAAAUGCAGUAGCACCACCCCCUGAACAGCUCUUCUCCAGGGCUACCUCCAGCUCCUACUGCUGUCCAUCUUGGCCGCCAGAUGCUAUCCUCUGGCACACUGCAACUGGCCCUUCAGACUUAGUGCAUCUCUUUUAGAGAAGUAGCAAUCAGAAAAGCAUCAGACUGCUCUGUGGAUGUAGGCUUUGUCCUUACCACCCGCGUCCAACCCCACUUAGGAGAAACUGCAGGUUUUCUCCCUAUUAAAGAGGACUCCUUAGGAAGGGCUUCCAGGAAGGAAGUCUUAGAGGGAGUGGAAAAUGAGGG